UCUUGGUUUUCAUAAUUUUUCCAAAUUACUCAGGUGCAUUCCCAAGAUGAUCCCUCGACUUGGCAUGUCUUCCAUCAAACGGAACUUUUCGUCUCGCGUUAUUCCUAAACUUAUGACCCCAAGGCAACUGCUAAAAGCAAUCGAGAAACCUGAUCACCAGUUUAAAGUGGUGGAUGCAUCCUGGCAUAUGCCAAACGCGAAUCGUUCUCCUUUAGCUGAAUUCGAAAAAGGACGUCGACUACCUAAUGCUGUGUUUUUCGAUCAUGACAAAAUCGCCGAUCUCACUUAUGCCGGUGGUUUACCUCACAUGAGACCCAAUCUUGAUACCUUUCGAGUGGCUAUGAACGAUCUAGGAAUAUCCGCUUCCGAUACUGUGGUGUUCUAUGACUCUCUGGGCAUAUUUUCCGCGCCGCGCGCAGCCUGGCUCCUACACUCAUUUCAUCAUCCAUCGAUUGCAGUUCUUGACGGCGGCCUCCCACGUUGGAUCGCUGAAGGCUUACCAACAGACUCUGGGCCUCCAAGUUCGGUUAAAAAAUUAGAUUAUCAACUCAUAGGAAGUCAUGAGGAAUGUGAAGGGAAACGAUCUGUGACUAGUUAUGACGAUAUCAUUACUAACAUCACAGAUCAACGCAUGGAAAUUCUCGAUGCUCGACCCCGCCCAAGGUUUGAGGGUACAGCACCUGAGCCGAGGGCCAGUUUAUCGAGUGGGCACAUUCCAGGUUCCAUCUCUCUACCAUUCUCAGAACUCUUGGCUACACACAAUGAAGGUUACCGCACCUUUUUAUCGCCCGAGAAGCUGGAAGAAGUCUUCACAUCCACUUUUGGUUCCGCUGAGCGCUGGGAAGCAGUCAAACAAGGAGAAAAAGAAUUGGUUACCAGUUGUGGCAGUGGAAUGACAGCCUGUAUUAUUUGGUUAGCAAUUCAGAUUUGCUCAGGUGGGGAUCAGGCUAAGGUGAAAGUCUACGAUGAGAGCUGGACUGGAUACGCGUCGCGUCCAGGAUCACCUAUAGCCAUGAACCUCAAAGGUGAACAAGAUAAAUGACAUCAAAUUGCAUAUCUUUAGGUGGGUAUUGUAUCACCAGUGUUUUGCUUUUGAAUGAUGUUGUAGUUGAUGACAUAUACCACCCAUACUCAGUC